AUGGCCGCCAACGGUGCUCACAUCAUCGACAUCGGGGGUGAGUCCACACGACCUGGCGCUGCCGAGGUGCCCCACGGCGAGGAGAUCGGGAUCGGGCGAGUUGUGCCUGUCAUCCGCGCCAUACGCGGCGAGGGGCUGAACGUCACCGUGAGCGUGGACACCCGGAAGGCUGUGGUGGCUCGCGCUGCUGUGGAGGCGGGCGCGGACUGGAUCAACGAUGUGUCCGGGGGAGAGUUUGAUCCCGACAUGCUGUCCACGGCAGCGGAGCUCAUGGCACCGAUCGUGCUGAUGCACACGAGGGGCCUGCCGGAGAACAUGAACUCGGCCCGUCACUACGAGUCGCUCCUUAGCGAGGUCACCGAGCACCUUGCCGCGAGGCGAAGGGCAGCGGAGGAGGCGGGCGUGCCCUCCUGGAACGUCUUGCUCGACCCUGGCAUCGGUUUUGCAAAGGGCAUGGACCACAACCUGCAGCUCCUGCGGAGCUGCGCGGCGCUGGUGCAGGGCCUGCGGCCGUCUCCCGUCCUGGUGGGGGCCUCGCGCAAGCGCUUCCUGGGCACGAUCCUGGGCGAGCCUGACGCAAAGAGGCGUGUUUUUGGGAACGCGGCCACCGUCGCCGCCUCCGUUGCUGGACGUGCCGAUAUCGUCCGGGUGCACGAAGUCCGAGAGAUGGCACAGACCGCCCGCGUCUGCGACUGCAUCUAUCCACGGUGCCGCGGGCGCCGCCAGCGGCGUGAAAUAGCGCCGGUCGGGCGGUGA